AUGAAGCCUAUUCGAAUCUGUGCUGCUGUUGCAGCUUUCUUUGGAUUGAAAAAAAAAUCAUUCAGACCAAAACAAAGAGAGGGAUAUCCAGAAACUGGUGGCAGCUUGAGGAGAAGAGCUACACAACAUGCACGGCGGCACCCAGUUAAGGGAGGAUGGAGGAGCAUACGUAGAAAUCCCUGUAUAUGGCGUUUUAGUUAA